AUUCAACACUUUUUUGUUUGUUUUGUGUUAAAUUUGUUUAAAAUAUGUCUUCUCGUUUGAAUUUUGACGAUGGCGAUCAAACAAAUAUGCCUAGGAUCAUGACUUUUCGUCCCAGCUAUGAGGAGUUUAAAAACUUUUCGGCCUACAUCGAGUACAUGGAAUCACGUGGAGCUCAUAGGGCCGGUUUAGCUAAAAUUAUUCCCCCUGUCGAAUGGACACCGCGCAAAUCCGGCUACGAUAUUGAAAAUAUAAAUAUGACGAUUCCACCCCCGAUUUGCCAGGUUGUAACUGGUAGGGCUCAUGGCGUUUAUCAGCAAAUAAACAUACAACAACGCCGACAAAUGACAUUGCGCCAGUUUAUGGAAAAGGCCAACUCGGAGCUGCAUCAGACGCCACGCCACAUUGACUAUGACGAUCUGGAGCGCAAGUAUUGGAAGAACAUCACAUAUAUAGCCCCACUUUAUGCCGCCGAUGUCAAGGGUACGCUUAGCGAUGAGGAUUUGGAUGUGUGGAAUAUUGGACACUUGGACACAAUUCUGAAUCUGGUCAAUACCGAUUAUGGUAUUGAAAUAGAUGGUGUUAACACGGCAUAUUUGUAUUUCGGCAUGUGGAAGAGCUCCUUUGCCUGGCACACCGAGGAUAUGGAUUUGUAUUCCAUAAAUUAUUUACAUUUUGGGGCGCCAAAAACUUGGUACGCCAUUCCGCCAGCUUAUGGCAGACGCCUGGAGAAGCUGGCCAAUAGGACUUUUGCGGAGAACUAUCAGGAGUGCAAUGCCUAUUUGCGUCACAAGAUGACCAUGAUAAGUCCAAAGGUGUUGCGUCAGAAUAACAUACCCUAUAAUAAGAUCACUCAAGAGGCUGGCGAGAUAAUGAUAACAUUUCCCUUUGGCUAUCAUGCCGGAUUCAAUCACGGCUUCAACGGUGCCGAGUCCACAAAUUUCGCAUCGAAACGUUGGAUUGAGUAUGGAAAACGUGCCAGUAUUUGCAAAUGCCGCACUGAUAUGGUUAAAAUAUCAAUGGAGACAUUUGUGCGUCGCUUUCAACCCGAACGCUAUGAGAACUGGCUAAAGGGUGAAGAUUUCGGUUGCCAUCCCGAGGAGCCGGGCAAAAUGUGCGCUGCAGCGCCGCCUACCAUUAAUGAGUACCAUAUCAAAGAAAAGAGCUGCCAACCAUCGAAAUCUAAGGAUGGAACACCUCAGAAACGCGGCUGCUCGUUGGCUGACAUGAAUGCAGAAUCGAAUGCCGAGGAUGACAAGGCAAGCGUAUCCAGCUGCAGCAGUGCAAAUCUCAAGCAGGUGAUGGUUAAGCUGCGUAAGCUCCCAUCCAAUUGGCCAACUGCUCAGCAAGCAGAUUCCGAUUCAGCUGCAGCGCCAAGUACAUCAGCUCCAUCAUCAAACAAAGAAAAAUACGACUUCAACUCGAUUGCAGUGGUGCGUGUUAAGAGAAUGUGGAAUGCGCUGCCUUGUACGGAGCAGGGCACAAAUCUGCUGACCAACGGAGUAGUCAAGAAUACAAAACGCAUGCGAUUUCAGACAAAGGUUCUAACACUGGAUGACGAGGACUGAGCUAUGAAUCAGGCCGUAUUAAUCGCUUUAAAAACAGAUCGAUCUCCGUUGUUAGUAGUUCUAUAAGUAACACCAAUCAAAGAUAGUCUAACAUAUACAAUAAGUAUAUAAAUAAGUUUGUAAACAUCUAGCUAAACGACAAUUGCAAGAAUGCAAUACUUGCACUAUUUUAAUAUAUUUAUGUACAAAUAUAUCAUACAUCACGAACUUGUAAGAAACUCAUAAAAGCGCAAAUAAAAUGACCAUAGACCUUUUA